UAUGUAGCUGAUUAGUUGUGUUGCAUCAGCCGAAGGUGAUGUAAGGGAGUCUUUGAAAUAUUUAGCUUUGGUUAUGUUUUGUCAGUCUGUGCAAAACACUUGGAAGGACAGUGUUAGAUUAGCAGUCACAGAUGUACGAUAGAAACUUGUGAUAGAAAGGUGUACAUUGUAUUUUUAUUUGUUAUUAUAUGUAUGUAUAUGGAUGAAUAUGAGUGCAUUGAAGAGCGUUGUCAUCGCAUUUCCUAAGGGUCUUACCAAGGGAUCUGCUAUCGUGCCCACUACCGAGCUUGUCAGAUCAGUCCCAAAAUUAAAUUUUUCAACAUCGAUUUUAACCGAAAAAACAACAGAAAUGGAUAUAACGAGAAAAAUACCAAAGCAGGAAGAACUCCACGAGGAAAGUACAUUUUUUAAACCAGAUGUUUGUAUUAGAGGAAAGAAACGUCGUCUUGAUCAUCUUACAUGGGAGGAAAAAUUGCAGAGGAAGAAAUUAAAGAACAGAGUAGCAGCACAAACUUCGAGAGAUAGGAAGAAAGCUAAAUUGGAUGAAUUGGAAGAAACUGUCAAAACGUUAAAAGAAAGAAACGAUGUACUGACGCAAGAAUGCGCUUUAUUAAAGUCACAAAACGAGUCGCUUAUAAGUGAAACCAAAAAAUUGAGGAGAGAGAGGGAAACGAGUAAUAUGAGCGAGCAACUUUGUUCAUCAUGUGGCUCGUGUCGGUUGUCCUGUACCUUCACUGGGAUCUGCAGUAUCCCCACAAAACCCUCUGCCGCAGGGUGGGACAGUACAGUCGGCAUCGUCCCUGACGCUAACACCAGGAGCAGCCAUAUUGCUGAAGAUUAUGACCCUCUACCUCCUCUCGAAGAACUGUUUGGAGAUAUCCAAGGGGAUGAUUACAUCGACCGACUCGAAGAACUUGCAGAAAGCCUUCUUCGAGAAGUUACCGCAGAAGUGGAAGCAAAUUCUCAUAGAUCAAAUGAACAAGUGUCAGACGAAGAAAAUACAGUUAAAAAAUCUGACAAUUCAAAAAGAAUGGUGGGGCAGACAUCAAAAAAUGUGGAAGCCGAUACAAUCGCUGGUAGAAGCGUGAACGAUUACGAUACUUGGCAUCUUAACUGUAGCGCAGACGUCACGCAUGUUGUCCUAGAUAAUACACAAACGACACCGGUGUCUAUUAAAAAUGAAAUUGAAAUUAAACAAGAACCCGACUUGAACGAUAUGGAAACAGUAUAUGGUACCUACGACGAAAUAACAAAUUCUAUUACUAUUAUUUAUCCUGGCCAAGAAGAUAACGUAGGCAUUCAAGAAUGCGUGCAAGAGAUAAGCUCUGAUAAUGUUAGUCAUACUGAUGAUGUAACAUUAUUAACAACGCAUCACUCUUAUUCUGAUCAAUUUUCACCUGCUUACACGUGCACAGAUAUUAUGUCUCCUUCGAGUAUAUAUUCGGACAAUGUCGAUGCAUCUUCUUCAAUCAAAUCAGAUUCACAUUUUUCGGAUGGUGGUUAUGAAUCUCACAAUUCCCCUAGCGCAGACGUACACAAUAAAAAAGAUAAUAGUAGUAGUAGUAAUAAAAAUAAUAAAAAUAACAAUAAUAAUGUGUGUUUAACCGAUCUUUGGCACGAAAGUUUUACAGAAUUAUUUCCAAUGUUGGCUUGAAAAUCAAGCAAUUUAAAUAGAAAUUCUAUUAUUGCUUCAUCUCUCCAAUUCAAAAGUAAUGAAUUUAUAACAGAGACAUAUGAAUGGAUUAAAUUCUCUUCUUAUGUACGUUUGUACUCUCUAUAUAUCUUGUCAUAUUGCACAAGAAGUAAUGUAAACAAAUCAUUCCAUAUAAUUCAUGGAACAGUAGUAGUAAAAAGCGUAUAUUGGGGGGAUAGUGAGAUUGUUAUACAUAUAUUUUUUAUAUGAAUUUGUAAAACCAAUUUCUUUUGUUUUUGGUUUUCUUUUUUAUACUUUCGAUGUUACACUUGACUAAUUAGUAAACUAGCAAUUUGGUACCUUCACUGUAUACUGUAUAUUAUUUUAUACACGUAUACACACUUUUAUCUAUUAAAAAAAAAAAAUAAUAUCUGUUAAAGUGUAUGUAUAUAUGUACAUAUAUACAUACAUAUAUAUAUAUAUAUAUAUAUAUAUAUAUAUAUAUACAUACACACAUAUAUAAUAUUUAUUAAAUAAUUAUUUAACGAGAUGUAAAAUGCAAGUACUUACUGUGCGACAGUAUGCCAAAUAAAUCGUGUAUACAAUA